AUGGCGAAAGAUACAAGAAAUAUCGAAAGCGUCGACAGCGCGUAUUAUGAAGACGAGCUGUCGAUGCUUGAAGCAAAACGCAAUAUCUUCUUUGAACUCGUCCAGGGUAUUUACAAAAAAUCGCUAGUUGUCGAUACCGAUUUAGCCAGUCGCGAGAGUUUCCUUGAUGCUGCUGACACUAUCGACGAACUCCGAUCAGAGUUCAAAGAGGUGGUUAAUGAGUAUAAUCGUACGUUGCUAAGAGCUAGGGCGGCUGCUGUCCCUAAUUAUCAGCCGAUUAUAGCCUUCGAAGAUUUGUACUGCCGCAUCAGGAGAGUGGUUAAGCGGCUGCAACCAGCCGCACCGCCGGCCUCUUCGCUGCCUUCUAUAGUGGAGAGAGCCAGACCUUCUUUGCCAACGAUGGAACUGGUAGCGUUCGAUGGAGAUAUACGUAACUGGCCGCUUUUCUACGCUAGUUUUAAAUCCAGAGUGCACGAAAAUCUGUCGCUUACUGAUGAAGAGAAGCUCUUCUAUCUUAUUGGGAAAUUGUCACCAAAAGCUCAAGCCGUCAUCGCGGGUAUAACUCCGAGCGCUGAAAACUAUCAGCUUAUCAUCGAUAGUCUAAUUGACAGAUUUCAAGACAAGCGCACUCUUGCCUCGACCUACAUGGAUCAAAUGCUCAAUUUAAAGAUUAAUGGUCCCGCUUCCUCGUCUAAUUUUCAAACAUUCAUCGAUAAGUUUGUCACAGCUGCGAAUGCGCUUAAGUCGCUUAAGCUCGAUGAUUUAUGCGAUUUCAUGCUCCUUCAUAUGGCAUUAAAGAAGCUAGACCAGGAAACUCUUCGAGCAUUUGAAAUGUUACACCGAGAUACGAAAUUGCCUACCUUCCGCAAUUUGACAGAUUUUAUGAAGAGUCAGUUUAGGAUUUAUCAAAAUGUGCAACCAAGCACCGUCGUCGUCUCCGCCGCAGCAAAUCCAUCGCGCGAAAAAGGUGUUAAGUCGUCUCAGCCGCGUAGUGCCGCACCAAAACUACAAAGUUAUGUUGCUUGCGCGAGCACUACUAAAUGUAUUUGUGACAAUAUUGUUCAUGAACAUUUAUUUAAAUGUCCGUCCCUCAACAGUUUAACGCCUUCCGAACGCUUCAAACGCGCUAAAGAGCUUAAGGCAUGUGUUAACUGCCUAAGUAUCAAACACCGCACCCGCGAGUGCAAUUCCGAGGUGAAAUGUCGAGUUUGUCAUCAAAAGCAUCAUACUCUGUUGCAUUUUGACAAAGACAAGGAUGAAAGAGCUACGACGUCUGAUGUGUCAAGUGUAUCUGCGAGCGCCGUAGCUAAGUCGUCUUCACCGCCGCCGGAAAGCACAUCUUGUAACACGUCUAUCGUGACUCAAGCACUAGCGGCCUCUAACAAUAAGAUGUCAAAACAAAACUCAACAUCUUCGUGUGAUACGGUAUUGCUGUCCACCGCAAAGGUUAUCGUCCGCGAUAAUAAGGGUGGCACGCAAGUCGUCAAAUGUUUACUUGACACCGCGUCACAAAGUAACUUCAUUACUGAGGAGUGUUGUAAGCGCUUAGGUUUGAAUUUUGAUAAAAAGCCAAGCGCUGUAUUUGGCAUUGGAAAAACUAAAAAAAUUGUUAUGGGUAACGCAGAUAUUAAAAUAUUUUCGCGAUUCGACGAAAACGUCAACUUUGACGUUUCGAGUUUUGUGGUCGAUCGCAUCACCGACGAUUUGCCAUCAGUGCCGGUUGACAUGUCAACCCUCACACAUGUUCAUGGCCUCCCUUUGGCUGACGACACGUUGGAUACGCCCGUCGCAAUUGAUGUACUGGUGGGUGCAACUAUAUUUCCACAUUUGUUACUGCCGCACAUUGUUAAAAGCGAUGUGGACUAUCUGCCACCGGCUAUUCAGACAGUAUUGGGGUAUAUUUUAAUGGGUUCGGUCCCUGCUUUACAGUCACCGCGUAAAUAUACUUCAGCAUGUUGUACUUCUAUUCAAGACUCCACAGACAACCUUCUCAAAAGGUUUUGGGAACUUGAGGAAAUAUCCGCUCCGCCCGCUCAAAGUCAAGAUGACCUUGAAUGCGAGGAUUAUUUUCGCGCCACCACUACGCGCGACGCUAAUGGUAGAUAUACUGUCGCAUUGCCUUUCCGAGAUGACGUGUUCAAGCUCGGAGAGUCGCAUUCUGCUGCUAAGAGGCGCUUUCUUUGCCUUGAAAGAAAGCUAGAGUCAUCGAGUGUGUUACGUGCCGCCUAUGACGAUAUCAUUCGUGAAUACGUCAGUAAGGGUUACAUAUCGGAGGUAACUAUCUCCAUGAAGGCCUCUCCAGCUGUCGCAUACAUAAUUCCUCACCAUGCUGUCAUACGCGAGGACAAAUCAACGACCAAAGUGCGCAUGGUCCUGGAUUCGAGUAGCAAGACAAGCACAGGUCUGUCGCUGAAUGACGUUUUGCACUCAGGGCCCAAUCUUCAAGGGGAUUUGUUUUCAAUCCUUCUGAACUUUCGCUUAUUCAAAAUAGCGCUUUCGGCCGAUUGUCGCCAAAUGUUUUUACAGAUUGGUGUUCGCGAAGCGGAACGCAAGUUUCAACGAAUCUUAUAUAGAUUCCGCCCGGCAGAUCCCAUUACCACAUACGAAUUUAAUCGCGUGUGUUUUGGUAUGAAGUCGAGUCCCUAUCACGCGCUCCGCGUCGUCCGUCAGCUAAUUGCAGACGACGGGCAUAAGUACCCAACGGCAGCGGCGAUCGCGUCCUCUUGUACAUACAUGGAUGACGUAUGCUUUAGCAUUAUGUCAGAUGACUCGCAGCAGCAGGAUGAGUCUGUUGCUAUCGCCGCGGCUAAGGAGCUGAUUGAUUUAUUCAAAUGCGGUCAAUUUGAUCUUGUGAAAUGGACCUGCAAUUCAGACGCCGUGCUACGCGAAAUACCUGCUUCGCAUCGGGCUUCCGUAGACAUUGAAAUCGACCCAGGGGUCUCCCAAAAGGUCCUUGGCUUAUGUUGGAAUAAAUCUGGUGAUUACUUUCAUUUCAAGGUGACAGAGCCAGACUCAACGUGCACUAAAAGGACGAUCUUGUCCGCACGUCUAUGGGAUAACGUGGGCUUAGUAGCUCCAGUUGUCUUAUACGCAAAACUCCUCAUCCAGGAGCUUUGGUUGAUCAAAUGCGACUGGGAUGAGACUCCCCCACCCCAUAUUGUGGAUUUAUGGGAACGAUUCUGUUCGGAGUUGCCAAAGCUCAAUGGAAUCCAAAUACCGCGCCAUCUUGGAGUAGCACAGGGUUGUACUAUAAACCUUUUAGGCUUCGGUGAUGCAUCCGAGCGUGCAUAUGGAGGCGUCGUAUACCUUCAGGUUCUAAAGGGAGACGAAGUGGCAGUUCGGCUGGUGUGUUCCAAGUCGAAGGUCUGUCCCCUUAAAACAGUCUCCGUCGCGAGAUUGGAACUGUGUGCUGCGGUCCUCCUGGCAAAGCUCAUGCGGAAGGUGCAAGAUAACUUCGAACCUCGUUAUAACAUUAACGAGGUCUACGCGUUUACAGACUCGAAAGUUGCUCUCUGCUGGAUUCAGUCAUCCCCCCACCGCUGGCAAACGUUUGUUGCCAACCGGGUAGUUAAGAUUAUCGAAGCUAUUCCGGCCAACUGCUUCCAUCAUGUGGCGGGCUUAGAAAAUCCCGCGGAUUGCUUGUCCCGUGGCUUGACGCCUUCUAAGCUCGUGGACCAUCCUUUGUGGUUCACGGGACCGGCUUGGGCUUCCAAGCAUCCAUCGGAAUGGCCUUUAAGGGAGCUCGAUCGAGAGUCCAUCGGUGAAGUGCCGGAGCUUAAGCCUCUUGCACACGCUGCAACUACGGAUGUGUCAGAGUCACCACUUUAUUCACUCGCUCAGCGAAUAUCGUCGUGGUCUCGAUUAUUGCGCAUCGUGGUAUACGUGUACCGCAUUCUUAAACCGAAACCGCGCUUCUCAGCACUUUCCCGAAAUGACCUAGAGUUCGCUGAGGGUAAAAUUAUUUCAUCGUUGCAAAGUGAACACUUUAGCGACGACAUUGAUAAAAUAAAGAGCAAAAGGUAUUGCUCACCUGCCUUGCAAAAGCUUAAACCAUUCUUAGAUAAAGACGGGCUGAUUCGUGUUGGAGGCAGGCUGUCAAAUGCUGACAUGAAAUAUUCGCAGAAACACCCAAUUGUGCUUCCACGACGUGAUCAUGUAGUCAAUAUGAUCGUCGACUAUUUCCACAGAAAGCAUUUGCACGCUGGUCCUGAGUCAUUAAUGACUAUACUUAGGCUUCAGUAUUGGAUACUGUCGGCUCGUCGUGUCAUUCGCGACCGCGUUGCCAAAUGCAACACGUGUUUCAGAGCGAAUCCACAAUCGUCUCUCCCGCUCAUGGCAGACCUACCGAGCUGUCGCGUGAAUCAAGUGAAUAAACCGUUUACACAUACGGGGUGUGAUUAUGCAGGUCCCUUGCAGUACACUCCUACUCGAGGCAGAGGAGUCAAGAGUCGCAAGGCUUGGUUAUGCAUUUUCACUUGCCUCACGACGCGCUGCCUUCAUAUCGAGAUAGCGACGGAAUUGAGUACCGCCAAUUUUUUGGCUGCUUUAAAGCGCUUCUUGGCGCGGCGUGGCCCCGUACAAUGCAUAUAUUCGGACAAUGGGACUAAUUUUACCGGUGCCAACUCUUACAUGCGUGACCUCUACAAGUUUUUAGACGGUCAUCGUCCACAUUUGGAGAUGGAGCUCGCGGAGAACCGCAUUGAUUGGAAGUUCAUUCCUCCCGCUUCUCCACACUUCGGAGGCGCAUGGGAAAGCAUGGUGAAAAUAGUAAAAAAUCACCUUUUCAAGGUAAUCGGUACGCAAAUACUGUCAUAUGAGGAGCUUCUGACUACGCUUGCGCAGAUAGAGGCCCUUGUAAAUUCGCGACCACUGACAGCUCUGAGUAGUGAUCCCGCUGAGCCUUCAGCUCUCACCCCGGCUCAUUUCCUCAACACUGCUCCGCUGUUGUCCUUACCUGCUCCAUUGGUCGAGUCAGGUAAUUUGCGUGACCGACAUGCACUUCUGGAUAAGAUAGUGCAGUCCUUCUGGCAACGUUGGCGUGCAGAAUAUCUGCAUCAGUUGCAGUCUCGAGCUAAAUGGACCACGCCAUCAGUUCCUAUCGUAACUGGUACAGUGGUUGUCAUAAAAGUAGAUAAUGCGCCGCCAUUUUCAUGGCCUUUAGGCGUCGUAGAGGCAGUACAUCCUUCGAAGGACGGCUCAACCCGCGUUGUCACUGUCAGGACAAAUAAAGGAAGUUUCGUCCGUCCUGUCGUGCGAUUAUGCCCUCUGCCUAACCAAUAA